AACAACAAAAUUGUGCACAUAUUUAUUUAAAAAACGAAAUUUUUAGUUGCAAUUUUAAUUAUGUUUGCUACGAAAUCAAUUUUAACGCUUUUUGGCAAAUAUCCCGAAUGUCGCGCCUAUUCGAUUUGGGACUUUUGUUUAGUUAGACGCACCUACAAUUACUUUGGCCAAUGCAAUCCCUGUCGCUAUGAGAUAUUUCCCUAUAUCUAUUGGUUCGUUAUGUUCAUAGCGCUGAAUGGGCUAGUGCGCAGCUUUAGUCAGUUACUAACUUUGCUGCUAGUGCCGCAAUGUCCGUUGCGCAUGUGGCGCAGGCGUAAAUUUCAUUUCAUAAAUAUUUGCAUAUUGAGACAGAUGCGUUUAUAUGGCGUUUUUCUAAUGGUUAUAAUAUGGGCGAUGCUGGUGUAUGGACUGCUAACGACUUCGAGCAAUUUGCUGCUGCCCUGGCUGCUGUUGCAUGCAAUUAUGUUGCUGCUGGAAGCUUGCAACUGUUGCCUGGAAAUGUUGAAAGGCCAAAUGCAGUUGAAAUUUUUGUCAUUGCUGCCGCUGCUGCGUUUGGGCGUCGUGCUGCUGCUGGUCAAUUGCAUUAGAUGCGUUUUUCAAGCGGCAAUCAGCAGUCACCUGCUGCACUCGCUGCGUAUCUCAAGCAUAUUCAAGUGAAGUUUGUGCAAAUCAUUAAGGAGAAGCAGAAAAAAAAGGGUAUAAUAAUUAUAAUAAGCAGCUAGCUAGCCUGCACCCUAACUAUAUAUAGAGAGUUAAUGCAACAGGUUCAGACAUCGACAUUAAGCUCAAUUAAGCGGCACGCACAACGUGCCAGGACCUGGCACGCGGCUCUGUGUGGCAAUCAGCGCCGCCUGCCACAAGCCACAACGACUAUGGCAUAUUUUUAUAUAUUUUAUAUAUUUAUAUUGAGUUUGUUUAGCACACUUACCGU